AUGUUAUUCCAGUUUCAGGUCAUCGUGGAAAUCCAGCAGGUCUCCCUGUGUUCCACCACAGUAAGGACGUACGAGCUGGCGCUGGCGCUGGACGUGGAUGGUGUUGGCAGCAGGCGCACGGUGCGGGGCAGGGCGGCUGGAGCCGACUGGCUGGGCUGGAAGGAUGAGGAUUGGUGUGAGUGGGAGCCGCUGCCUGCAGCGAAGGGCAGCCCUGCCGUGAGCCGCCCCAGCCCUGCCCCGGCCGCACGGCCUGGCCCCGCCAGCCACGUCCCGGCUGCAGAGGAGGCGGCAGCUAAAGCGGCCCCGCUGGAGGAGGAGGACUGGCUGAUCGCUGCCUUGGCUCGCAAGAAAGCCCAAGCGCAGGCCAAGGCCCAGGAGAGGAAUGCCGAGGCCUCGGAGGCCCCAGGGGAAAGGCUGCAUCCCCGUCCUGCUGUCAGCUCUGUUCUAGGGGAUGAUUUCUUCAACAAGCUCUCUGCAGAGGACAGCAAAGCUGCAGGGGGACCCAGGGCCUCUGCCACAGACGCGGAGAAUCUGCUGCAGAACCUGAAGGAUAUGGAUGACCUGGAAGCUGAUCUCCUGGGCAUAUCAAAGCCCAGUUCUGCAGCAGAGAAGACAACAGUGAAAGGUCCUGAGGAAUGGGGUUCCUUGGGAGAAGGACGAGCUAAAGCCCCAGGGAAGCUGUUAGCUCCUGAGAAAGAGAAGGAAGAGGACUGGAAGAGGAAAGAUGAUGUGUCUGGCGAGUACGAGUCCUCGGUGGCCUCCACACCCAAGAGCCCAGUGGCGAGGAGGCGGUCUGUCAGGUUUUCCAGCGACACGAGCAGCCAAGUGAAAGCAGAGCUGCACCCCAAAGCUGCUCCUGCAGGCAGCAGGCGCACGGUGCGGGGCAGGGCGGCUGGAGCCGACUGGCUGGGCUGGAAGGAUGAGGAUUGGUGUGAGUGGGAGCCGCUGCCUGCAGCGAAGGGCAGCCCUGCCGUGAGCCGCCCCAGCCCUGCCCCGGCCGCACGGCCUGGCCCCGCCAGCCACGUCCCGGCUGCAGAGGAGGCGGCAGCUAAAGCGGCCCCGCUGGAGGAGGAGGACUGGCUGAUCGCUGCCUUGGCUCGCAAGAAAGCCCAAGCGCAGGCCAAGGCCCAGGAGAGGAAUGCCGAGGCCUCGGAGGCCCCAGGGGAAAGGCUGCAUCCCCGUCCUGCUGUCAGGUAA